CUUAUUCACCUUCUACCUGCCUGCCAAGGUCGAAGUCCAAAGUCGUUUCCAAGAAGACAUCCACACAACAAUGCUUUCUAAGAAAUGGUUUGCAAAGCCCAUAGCCGGGGAAGUGUGUUUGCAAGUUUCGAAAGUUUCCAUUCUGAAAUUGGUAUUUUGCUACCGUACCUAUUAUAUUUUUGGCUUAAAUAACAACGAUGUUUGAAUCUGUCGAGAGAACUUUACCAGGCGCAGAAAAAUGAGGAGCUAAGUUUGGGACAUUGUCUGUUUUAGGUAUUGUACAUGUUUUAACGUGAUUGAACUCUGUUGAUUUCAAUUUUUCAGUUGGAUUUUGUCCCUUUAAUGGACUAAAGUGGUAAGCAACCUCAAGAAUAAAAAAACCUGCAGGAAAUGGAGAAGUCUCUGAUGCAAACGAGUAGCAACCUAACUAAACCAGAAAACAAUAAGAGGACAUUUAAUAAAGUUCAAAGUUUAGAGUCAGAUAUUUUGUCAGAUGGGAUGACAAGGAAAAGGUCCAAGAAAAAGAGAAGCAAAAAGGCCAAAAAUGAUAAAGUGGUAGAACUAAGAUCACCUGAGGGAGAAGUGUCAACUUGCAAUACAGAGGAAGCAGAUAAAAAAAUAUCUUCAAAAAAGAAGAUGGAGAAUGGUGUGCCCAGAAUUGAUAUAGACUUGGAGCAGCUAUUUAGUGAAAAUGGGGCAAGGCCAGGAGGACAGUAUCUACAUAGCAAAGACAUCAAGGACCUAAUAAUGUUCUCAGUUCUUGGAAGUGGGAGAUGGGAGAAGCCAACAUGGUGCAACUUAUUUUCCUCCAAAAAGAUAGAGCAUACACUUUUUCUAAUGGUUAAUUAUCUUUCUGGCAAAGAUUUUUUGGAGUUCACUGAUACGUUUCAACAUAUUACAUCAAAGUUUAAUACAGGCUAUACUGUUAAAAAUGAUGGAUCAGAUGGGUUCUUUCUUUCUCCGUUAGAGUCUUUUCUUUUUUACAAGAUGAAGAAGAAAUCUGCAAAAAAGAAAGGCAAAAGCCAUGACGUGAAGACGCUGCGGCCUCAAGAUCUUAUCUUGACACCAGGACAACUGAUGGUUAAUGAAUAUCCUGUUGCUCAUGAAAUGUCUGUAGAAGAGAGAGAAGGCUAUGUUUCAACUAGGAAUGCAAACAAAGACUACACAAGCAUGGGCUAUGCGUUUGGUUUGAGAGAUGAUGAUGAUGAUGACGAGCUAAUGUCCGUCGAUGGUAGAGUAUUCGCAAUUGAUUGCGAGAUGUGCUUGAGCGCAGGUGGGCAUGAGUUGACAAGGGUGUCUGUUGUGAAUGAAGACUGUGAAGUUUUGUAUGACACAUUUGUGAAGCCAAAGGCAGCGAUCACUGAUUAUCUUACCCAGUACAGUGGUAUUACACCAGAAAUUCUGGCAAAUGAAAACACGACAUUAGGAGACGUUCAACAAAGGCUUUUGGAGAUCAUUUCGCAAAAUGAUAUUAUUGUUGGACAUUCUUUAGACAAUGAUAUGAGAGCUCUCAAAAUAUUUCACAGUAAUUACAUUGACACUUCUAUUAUUUAUGGAGAUCAAAGAGGAGCUAGAUUCAAGCCUUCAUUAAAAAGCCUGGUCAAAUCGCAUCUUCGGAGGGAAAUACAAAAUAACGAAAAUGGUCAUUGCUCAAUUGAAGAUGCCAAAGCUUGCAUGCAGUUGCUUCACUUGAAACUUGAGAAGGGCAUAAAUUUUGGAAUAUUUGAAAACUUCAAAGAAAGCAUAUUUGAGGCUUUCGAAAGGGCAGAAAAGAAAUGUGCUGUGGUUGAUACUCCCAGUAUUGCUAGGCAACACUGCUUUGGCAACACUAAAGCUAUUCUUUGUACCUCAGAUGACCAGGUUGUCAAUGGCGCAAGAAAAUCAGUACAAGAUUCAGACUUCGUUUUCGCUCACUUCAAAGAUUUUGAAAGACUUCUUAAAGAACAUGAUGCGAUGGGGAACAAACCAGAAAGUGAAAAAGUAAAGGAGACCCUGUCAAACCUAGAUAGAAAUUUGGGUACAGUUAUAGAAAGUGCUCCAGAAAACACGCUGAUUGUUCUAUUAUUUGGCAGUGGAUUUCUAUCCAACCAUUUUCAAAGACUACAACGAGACAAGAAAACAAGACCAAGUGAAGAGGUGAAAUCAGCUAUAAGGAAUGCAAGAGACUGCGUGGGUUUCUUUCAAGUAAAGACAUGAUUAUCUAACAAAAUUUCCAUUCAAUGACUGUCACACAACUGUAGGAACACUAAAAAUGGCAAUCAAUGCAGUACUGCAGUUGCCAAUCUUUUGAAGUUUAUGUAAUUUUUGACAGACAUGUGAAAAGGCUAGUCAACAUCAUCAUCUGUCAAAGUUUUGUGGCACUCUAGAGAAAAUUUAGCAGUAGUUUAAAAGGAUGAAAUGCAUUUUGGUGACUUUCAAAGCAAAUGUAUUUGUCUUAGAAUUUUCAGAAUAAUGUUUUAAUUUGU